GGCUUUGGGGAAUAUUUCCCCAUUCCUUUUCCAACGGAGAAGCUCUCUAGGCUCAGCACGGUGGGUCUGCUGUCAUCACGGAGGUGCAAAUUACAUAGCCGUUCUCCCAGAAUAUUUACUAUCCAUGGUAUUUGCCUGCAUUCAGGACACAGUGGCCAAGUAUGCCAGGGCACGGCACCCCCAUGAGCUACCCCAGCAAUGGGGCAGUCUUCGGGAACAUGCUCACCAGCCCUGGUGGAAUCCCUGCCUUCAAAUUCCAGUCUCGCCGGGACAGCAUUGAUUGGAGGAGGUUUAGUGCCAUCGAUGUGGAACGAGUGGCCCGGGAGCUGGACGUGACCACGCUUCAGGAGAGUAUCAACAGUGUCACCUUUUGCAACCUUGAUUCAGAGAAGUGCCCAUAUUGCCAGCAGCCGGUAGACCCAGUCCUCUUAAAGGUCUUUAAGAUGGCACAGCUGACCAUUGAGUACCUGCUGCACUCCCAGGAGUACCUGAGUGCCAGCCUGGCACUGCAGGAGGAGCAGCUCCAGUCAGCAAUGGAGGAGAUCAAGCUCACCAAGCAGGAGGUGGAGAAGCAGGCAGAGGAAAUGAGGGGAGUCAAGGAGGAGAGCAGGAGGCGAAAGAAGAUGAUCGCCACCCAGCAGCUUCUCUUGCAGGCUGGGGCCAAUAACUACCACAAGUGUCACCUGUGUGACAAGGCCUUCAUGAACUACUCCUUCCUCCAGGCCCAUGUUCAGCGCAGACACGUCGAGGCCAGUGAAGCUGAGAGGCAGAAGAAGAAGCAGGUGGAGCAAAUGGAGGAGGAGAUUGAAGAGCUGAAGGUGAGGCUGAAAGAGACCCGAGCCCAGCUGGAGGCUGAAAGGGAGGUUGAGAAUCAACGAAGGGCUCAGGAAGCAGAGAAAGUUCGCCAGAGAGAAGAGGAGGAUCUUAGAAUAAAAAAGGGAAUAAAAAGUGGAAAGAGAGAAUUUGAAAGAUGGAAAGAGGAGGAGAGGACCAAGUUUCAGAAGGAAAUGGAUGGCCUGAGACAAUUGUUCCUCACGGAGUUCAAGGACAUUGCUAGCAAGAACUCUGCCUUAGAAGGGAAACUGCAGGAGCUGCAAGCCAAAAACCUGGUGGUGUCCAACCUGGGGACCCUGCGGGAUGAGGACACUGAUGGCAAGCGGCAGUGGGCAAUGACCCAGAGAGAGUUCCAGGGCAUGAGGGAAAAGAUAGACUUGCAGAAAGCAGAAUGGAAGAGGAAGCUGAAGGAGCUGCAUCAGGAACACCAGGUGGAAAAGGAAGAGUUGAAGAUUGAGAAUGAGAGACUCCAGGCCUCCCUGUCUCAGGACCAGAGGCUAGCUACUAGCCACUUCCAGCAGCAAAAGGACUUGCUCAGUGCUCAGCUCAAAGAGCAGGCCAGGAUCAUCCAGGCACAGGAGAAAACGAUCAAGAUGCUAUCGGCAAGGAAAGUUGAAGUAACCCAGGAAGCGACCAACGUAGAAGCACAAGAAGAAUCCUCUGAAGAAGAGCUGGAGGAUACACUGGAUAGGAAGCAGAGGCUCCUGGAAGCCCUGAGGAGGAAUCCAAACCUACUAAAGCAGUUUCGUCCCAUUCUGGAGGACAUGCUAGAGGAGAAGCUUGAGAGCAUGGGUGUGAGGAGGGCUGCAAAGGGGAUUCCAGCUCAGACCUAUAAAACUCUGAGAGCUCUAGUAAGGACUCAACAGCAACAGAAGGCCAAGAAGUUUCCACAUCUCCUCAGCUUGAGGGAGAAAUUAAUCCAAGAUGUCACCUGGAAAGUCAAGCAGCGACAGAAGGAGGACGAUACUUUGCUGUGGCAAGUCUCUGUAUUUUCAGCACCCCACCUUUAAGUUCUGAGGAGGAGUCUGUGGGGGACCACUCCAACCUUCCUCCAAUGAAGGUGAGACAUCCCAUGAACAUGCAGCAAGUGCAAACCCCUUCCAGAAUGACACAUCAUGAUGCGAGUGAAUCGGACUGG